UGCCCACAUGAUCAAGAGUUCAGUCCUUCGGAGUGAGUAGGGUAUAGGGAUGAUCACUUUCGAUUGGAAUUCGCCCUUUGUUUCAUCGCGUUCAUGUGUCACUCAAGACUCGAACAAGGAGUCGUUCUCCACCGAAACACUGGAAGUGAACAAGAAACAAAUAUACGAACUAAACAGCACGAGUUCAAACCAGAGUAUGUGAGCUGUGCAGAAAGCGAGUUGUGCUCCAUGCUUUUGCUAAUCUGGCCAAUUUUGGACUGUAAACACUCUGUGUGUAUAGACCUUUCAUCUGAAGUUUGUCUCGCAAAAUUGUCACGGAUUUGGUGUGAACAGGCCUUUACUGCGGGCCAAACACAUCCUGCCCACAGGCCGCCUGUUGAAGAACCCUGCCUUACAGCCUCAUUGUCAUUCCCGCCAAAAAUCAAAGAUGGCACUGCUGUGAAUUAUGAGAGAUCUGGUUCUUUGGGGCUCCGUCACAGUUCACACCUUCAUUGAAGCCACUCCCACAACAAUUCACCAAUAAAUACUGUGAAUAUUCCCAUCAUCCUACAAGAGAAGAAGUGCUUCACACCAGCAGGAAGAACUCCAGGUGCAACAACUGAAGAUGGUGAAGAUGGAGUUUGUUAAAGAGGAGAAAGAGGACAUGAGUUAUCCAGAGUCAUGCCAAAUAAAACACGAAGAUACUGAGGAACAAAUAGAUCUGAUUGAAGUGAAAGAGGAAAGUCAAGAACUGAAUGAAGUGGAGGAGAAACAUCACAGCUUCAAAAUAGGAGAAAAUUAUUUUAGCUGCUCACAGACAGAAAUGAAUUCCUUUCAAGAGAGGACUCAAAACACAGAAGCUAAAAACUCUUUCACAUGCCAUCAAUGUGGAAAGAGUUUCACAUAUAAAUCACAUCUUAAUAGACACAUGAAAAUUCACACUGGAGAGAAACCUCACACAUGUCAGCAGUGUGGAAAGAGUUUCAUACAUAAAUCAAAUCUUAAUAGACACAUGAAUAUUCACACUGGAGAGAAGUCUCAAACAUGCCCUCAGUGUGGAAAGAGUUUUUUACGACUCCAACAUUUGAAAGAUCAUCAGAAAAGACACACUGGUGUAAAAGAUCAUAAGUGCUUUGAGUGUGAGAAGGCCUUCACCACAGCCAGCCAACUGAAAAUGCAUAAGAGAAUUCAUACUGGAGAGAAACCUUACACGUGCCAUCAGUGUGGAAAGAGUUCUGCAAGUAUAAGUAAUCUUAAGAAGCACUUGAGAAUUCACAGUGGAGAAAUACCUUACACAUGCCAUCAGUGUGGAAAGAGUUACAGAUAUAAAUCACAUCUUAAUAGACACAUAAGAAUUUUCACUCAAAAAAAGAGUUUCUGUGGAAAAAGAUUAACUGAUAAAUCAUAUUUCAAAUAUCACAUGCGCAGUCACUCUGGUGAAAAGCCAUUGAACUGCGAUCAGUGCGGUAAACAUUUUACGACAACGUCACUUCUAAAAACACACCUGAAAAUUCAUACAAAUGAAAAGCCUUAAAGGGAUAGUUCACCCAAAAAUGAAAAUUCUAUCAUGAUUUACUCACCCUCCUGGCAUCCAAGAUGUGUAUGACUUUCUUUCUUCGGCAGAACACAAAUUAAGAUUUCUAGAAGAAUAUCUCAGCUCUGUAGGUCCAUACAAUGCAAGUGAAUGGGUGCCACAAUUUUGAAGUUCCAAAAUCCAUCCAAAAGAGAGCAUAAAAUUAAAUAUGACUCCAAUGGUUAAAUCCAUGUGUUCAGACAUGAUAUGAUAGGUGUGGGUGAGAAACAGAUCAAUAUGUAAGUCAUUUUUUUAUCAUAAAUUCUCCUCCCAAACCAGUAGGGGGCGAUAUGCAUGAAGAAUGUCAAUCACCAAAAACAGAAGGAGAAAGUGAAGGAAAAGGACUAAAAUAUUGACCUGUUUCUCACCCACACCUAUCAUAUAGCUUCAGAAAAUAUUUAUUUAACCACCAGAGUCAUCUGGUGCACUUUUAUGUUCGCCUAAUGUUGAUUUUGGAGCUUCAAAAUUUUGGCACCCAUUCACUUGCAUUGUAUGGACCAACAGAGCUGAAAUAUUCUUUUAAAAAUCUUUGUAUUCAGCAGAUGAAAGAAAGUCAUACACAUCUGGGAUGGCAUGAGGCUUCAUUUUUGGUUUAGCUAGCCCUUUAAGACUGAUUUAUACUUUGUCAAACCUACGACGUAGACUCAUAGCUUGCACUUAUAGUUCUACGUUGGUUCUGCAUUGUCCUGCGAGUACACAACUAAGUGCUAGUAUUAUUAUAUUGAGAGGACAUACCUUCAUUUCUAAAAUAACUAUACAUUUAAUAAAUAAAGACAAAUGCAAUUUUUGGAUUCAAAAGUAUUUAUUAAGCCAUUGUAGCUUUAAAAACAAGUUCAUCAAGGUAUGUAGGCCUACUAUGCCUAAAAAAAAAAGUCAAAAUCCUUUUCAUUUGUUACAUUAAAAUUAGGAAAUUUAAAUAAAUUAAAACUAACCUUUUCCUGCUGUAUUUACGCAUGUAAAAAGAUUCUGAACAAUGAUUAAAAAUGAAUGAGUAAAAAACCUGGUUUAGAUAAGUGAUAAGCCCCCUAUGAGUAACCAAUACAAACAUGCUCAAGUGCAGCCAAUCACCUUUCAGAUCACAUACCUGGCUAAUUGGCCCACACCUGACAUCAAUUGUAGUGGUUUGAUUACUUCAGAAUAAAACCGGCUGUUCCAUGAGGAUUUCAUUACUAGUAUUGCAUGGUAAUGAAUUCAAGAAUUCACCAUGACUGGAAAAGUGCUUUCAAAAGGGCUCCGGGAUAAAAUAAUGGAAAGGCACAGGUAAGGAGAAGGGUACAAAAGAUUUCAAAGGCUUUAACCAUCCCUCUAAGUACCGUUCAGAGCAUUAUUAAGAAGUAGAAAGCGCAUGGCACCACCAAAGCCUUUCCUAUAGACCGGGCCGUCCCUUCAAACUGGAUGACCGUGCCAGGAGGAUAUUGAUCAGGGAAGCUGUCAAGAGGCCAAAGGCAACUUUGAAGAAUUUACAAGCCUUUAUGGCUGAAAUUGAUCAGUCUUUGCAUGAGACAACAAUCUCCCAAGCUUUACACAAAGCUGGCCUGUAUCGGGGGCGGGGCCAGAAGGGUGGUCCCCUUAAAAUGAGCUGUUCCAUCCCAACUCGGACCCCACUUGCAUCCUGGAGACAGUGCACAACGGCUUAACUCGUCCGUGUUGCGCAUGGUCCAUAACAACGUUACGCCUCCUUAGACAAAUGCAUGUGACAACAAUUUCCCAAGCUUUACACAAAGCUGGCCUGUAUUGCAGGGUGGCAAGAAAGUUCACCUCAUCUGAAAAAAUGCCACAUUAAGUCUCGUUGGAGGAUUCAUGGUUAGAUGAGACAAAAAAUGUAAAUUCUUGGACUAAACUCCAUGCGACAUAUUUGGAGAAAACCGAACACUGCGCACUACCCAGAACAUACCAUGCAUACUGUGAAGCAUGGUGGUGGCACCAUUAUGUUAUGGGGGUUUGAUUAGGUCAUGUAUAGUAUUUCAAAUUUAAGAUGGUAAGCCUAGCGAUACAAAUGGUGGGUGUGUAUGUGACUGAUUCAGCCUAUGUCAUCAAAAUCUCACAACGACCAGGAAGCCAAAGUUGGCAACCCUGCGUAGUACAUGCUUGUGUAAAUACGGGUUAAUCCAUGGCAUUAAGGUAGAAGCCCACUCGAUGGCAGUGUGUAACAGCAAGAGUGAUGUUCUGCUGUGUUGUGAUGAAACACGGUUCAAUGAAAGUCCUUUUUAAUAAUUACAUGCCUACUGUAGACAUUCAGUGCACAAUUUACCUUUUGAGCAAAUGUAGGGGUCUCUACAUCUGGGAUGGCAUGAGGCUGAGUAAAUAAGAGAAUUGAAAUUUUUGGGUGAACUAUCCCUUGAAAUUGUUUUGAACAUUUCAGAAUUCUUUUUAGAGACUAAAAGACUGAUGUGGUUUAAGCUCUUAAACUUUUACAGUGUGAAUAAAUGUUAAUAGAAAUAAAGUCAUUUAUAUCAUA